AUGCCAAGAGGCACAAUCAAAACUUACGGUAACGCAAUCGGGGAAUGGGAAUGGGAUUCUUUCCUGGGUGCUGCUAGAGGCGCAGGCAACUCAACCAGCCACCUGCGCAAUCACAGAGCAGGCAUUUCCGUCUCCCGCGGGCCAUCCCGCGAUAAAACAGUUCUUGUCCCCAGGCAGCCUCAUUGCUUGUCGCUAAUCCCCAAAAGCUUCGCUCUGCCUUGGCUCAAGGGGUCCAUCGCAAUAUUGCUCAAUCAUAUUUCGCCAGAGCCCAGGACCAGCACGCAAUGGGCAGCUAAUCGUUGGCAAAAGUCUCAUCUUCACUUGCGCAAGCCACGCUGCUGGGCCGCGUGGGAUGAAACAUGGACCGGACACACCGAUGCCAAGCUGCUGGGUCGCGCCGGCGAAUGGUCUCGAACUGCUGUCAGCAGUCAAUCAAUGGCAAUCAAGAGAGCCCCGGUCCAGAUAGACCGAGAGCUAUCAUGGGCUCUCCUAGUGUGGGAAAUCAUAGCACCAACCAACGACGCAAGCAAUGUGACCGUCGCACAACACGCGGCGUCUCUGAAGACUCUACCUACCUACUCGAACAGGUCUGAUAAGGCUCCCUAUCUUCUCUACCGCGUCAUCAAGCACCAUGUCUUUGCCCGCGCUGCAGAUUCGUCUUCAGGGACCAACGACUUGCCGGGACUCGGAAACAUUUUCCUCGGACUACGCCGGCCACAGACUUUUGAAUGGAGAUACAAUAACCUGUCUGGCAUGAACUCCGAGGAUAGGAAAAGAGAGGGAACGAUCCCUGGAAGAAACAAGCUGGAGCGCCCCCAUCUUCCCCCAUGCCCCGGUCGCCGCCUCCUCACUACGCCCUCAUACCUCUUCGGGCCCAUCCCGCGUUGGGCAUGUCUCACCCCACUGUUCCCGCCUCUCUGUCUGCUGCGACGCUGCAGUGUAAUUGCUGCCGUCCCUGAUCUUUGGGAAUUCUUGAAAAGGAUCUGCGGCCGCAGUGUUGGUCGCGCCGAAGAGCUCUCUCGGUCCUUUCUCGCUCUUCUUCCUCUUCUCCUACGUGAGGCUUUUCCUAACGUCCUUCUUCCAACGCGAAGAGCCAAAUCCACAUCAACCCCCGAGACAUCGACCGGUGCUUGUGUGCAGUGUGAAACCCUCAUGGAAUUCAAAGUCCAAUUCUUCUGUCUUCUUCUCAAAGCCCUUUGGCUGCAAAUCAAUUCCAAGAUCAUCAAUCUCGCUCAACCCGUCACGAGCGCGCAUCUGGACUGUCGAGCCCCCCUUCUCCUCCGUUCACUCUUCCGACUCGACUCGAAACGAGGCCGCGCCGAGAUCCCCCACUAA